AUGUGGGAUGCCCCCAGCCUGGAUGGGAGAUGGAGAUGGGGAGUCGUGGCGACGCCCAAAGUCGAGGUGGCAACAGGCGUGCGAGGCUGUUGCUGCUCCUCUUCCUUCACCGAUGAACACGAUGACGAUGUGCGCUGCCGUCUGAAUUUCGGUCGACAAACUCCGUCCGCUAAGAUCCGAAAAUCUCGGCCCCAAAAUUUUGGACGCCUGCAACGCUGUCCCAAGCGCAGUAGGGCAGUGCGGACGCCCCCUUUGGCGCCACGCUAUGUAGCUGCCACAAAGGAUAAGUCAGGCGAGCAACCAUUCCCCAGGUUUGCUGGCAUCAACGCUGUUCGUUCCCUGGUUAUUUAG